UUGCCACCCGCAACCCAUGGUGUAAACUGGCCUCAGCGAGCCUAGUUGAAGGCACCAUUUCCGAGCUCCGGCAGCAACCUUGUCUAUCUCAUUUUGGGCAACCCAGGUCCUCUUCAAUAGCCUUCUUCAAAGCUGGCGACCUUGGCCAUGGGCGAUGGUGGAUGGUAGGGCUGCGACUGGUGUUUUCCAGUGGCUUUGACAGAUGGAUGGCUUGCGCAAAUCGCUUGGCGACAUCUUGCAAGCACUGCGUCAAAGUGCCGAUCUCCUGUGCAAUGGAGGCUGAAGCUUGCGACGUGCCCUGUCCUUUCGUCAGCCAUCAGCCAAUUUUGGUCAUGGGCAAGACGAAAGGCCUCAAUAUGUUCAAGAUUGAAGCGGAUGUCUCAGCCAGCACAAGUUUUUUGCAAUGUGGAGAUGGAAGAUACACUGAGUUUGGCUUGAGGGCAGCGCGUCCUCAGUUGAUGCUCGCCUGCAGAGGGGGAACUUCAAGGGCCAACUUGGGUUUGUGA